AUGAUGUUGGCUGAGAUGGAGAAAAGAUCAGAAACUUCACACCAUUCUUCAAAAUCUGGAAGGGUAAAGAGGGAAUCAUCACCUUCAUCUAAAGAGAGAAAAACUAAGGCACCCAAAUCCCUGAAACUCCAAGAGGCUAACAAAAGAAAAGAACGAGAGAAACCAGAGAUUUCAGAAGCAGAAAGAAAGGGUGAAGCAGAAGAUGCUCAAGUCAUCUCCAGCAGCACUGUUGUUAAUGUAGAUAGUGUGAGAGAUCACAUUAAAGAGGAAAGAGAAGAGUUAUUGGGGUUACUGGAGACUGAGGGACAUGGAGAAGGCCUGAAGAAGCGAUACUUUGGAGUUUGUGAGAUGAUUCUUGUGGUUUUUGUCCUUUUAGCUGUUAUUUUCUUCUUUCCUAUUUCAAUCUGGUUCUGCCUGAAGAUCGUUCGAGAACAUGAACGAGCUGUCAUUUUUCGACUGGGGCACCUACUGCAAAGAAGACCCAUGGGCCCUGGACUCAUAUUUAAGCUUCCAUUUUUGGACGUGUGCCAAAUAGUGGACAUACGUCUGAAGAUGUUGAACGUCCCUCCUCACGCGGUGGUGACCAAAGACCUGGUGUGCACUGAAGUGAGCGCGGUAUGUUAUUAUCGUAUCGAAAAUGUGUCCGUGUGUUACUCUUUGCUCUCCGGUGUCCCGUCCGUGCUGCAGGUGCUGGCUCAAGUCUCGGUGAGAGAGAUACUGGCCCAUCAUGUCUUCACUGACAUUUUGCUAGACAGAAAACAGAUCGCCCAGGAGAUCCAGGUGUCUUUAGAUUCGGUUACCUGCAGAUGGGGCAUCAAGGUGGAAAAAGCCGAGAUAGAGGAGAUCAGUCUCCCACCAGAGCUGCAACACAACUUUGCUGUUGAAGCUGAAGCCAGACGUCAAGCACAAGUCAAAGUGAUUGCCGCAGAGGGUGAGAAGGCGGCAUGUGAAGCACUGAAGGCCUCCGUAGAGUCUCUUUCUGGGUCUCCGCUGGUCGUGCAUCUUCGACUUCUGCAGCUUCUUCACAGUCUACGCUCCGAGCAGCCGGCUGUGGUCCUCAACAUACCCCCUGAUGUCCUGCACCAAUCCAUAGACCUCGGCAGUUUAACCAGAACAGCCAAUCAGAGCCUGACGCCGGCCGACGAAUCGGAAGAGAGUGCUAAAGACUCACCCAUGAUGUAGAGACUACAUGAUAUUAGGUGUCUGAUGAGAUUCGUCUCUAAGAUGUUUAGAAAUU